AUGAGGUUUUACAUGACGAGUGAGUCAGGAUCCUCGGAAAAAUAUAACUUCCAAUUUUACAAUUAUACUCUGGAUUGGAGAAAUGCAAACGAAAGGUGUAGCGAUUUACAUGGAACACUGACCAGGAUUAAGGAUUUAGAAACCGUCAGUAAUAACGAAGACAGUUUAAGGAUAGCGGCAGAUACACCGUUUUGGUCAUCUGUUACGGGAUCAUUUACUCCUUGGAUAGUAUACAGAGGCUGUUUUCCACAACCAUCUUGGAACAAUAACAACUUUACAUUAAAACCUAACUCUGUGGGGAAUUGCUUUUCAAAAUGCCGAAAUCAAACAACGAACCCAACUGGUUGUGAAUAUUUUGCCCUAAGUGGCGAGACUUGUUUCUGUUUUUGCACAAAUCCUCGUCUUAAGCUGAUUGAUAGUGUCAAGUGCAACCUAACGUGUAAUAACUCCACUGAUGAUGGGUUCUGCGGAGGAAAUGACUAUAUUACAUUAUAUCAAGUCAACGAUACAUUUAAAGGCGAUGGAUUUUGUUUGGCUUACGACUGUCGAUCAAAGGAACUUGUGUCAUCUGGUCAUGAUUGUGACGGAACGAAUGAAGGAUUUUGUGUUAAGGGAAAAGACGUCUUAAUUCCAAAUCAACUGAAUUCAACUUGGAAUGACUAUGCAAGGAGCUGCAAAGAACAGAAACGUUUCCUUACUGCUUACAUUCAGGCAGAAAUCAACAAAAUGAGAUGCAACGGUUACGUUUGGACUGGAAUAAGGACAUACAAAAUUUACCAUCAUGAUGGAGACAAAGGUUGCUUUGCAAUUAGGAGGAAGUUGGACUUAUGGUUAUAUGAGAAAGUCAACUGUUCUCGUGAGCUCUCACUUGUGUGUCAAACCAGUCUUAUUCAGACCGAAAGCACAACAUCAAAACAACAAAACACAAAUCCAAUAGUUAACCAAUAUCAGACUACUGCCAUAACACCGUCACUCUUAAGAAAGACUUCCCAAAGUACAAAUACAGGUAAGUGUGUAAAAAAAAUAUGAAUCGAAAUAGAUUUGUUUAAUUGAAAUAUUUCUGCUGAUAUUACUCAACUUAACAAGCACAUAACACCUUCAUUCUUUUCGGAAUGGGUGGAUACCAUUUUUACCAUCAAUUCUUUUGUUCACAAUUACUGUCUAU